AUGGCCUCUACCAAAGUUGAUAUUGCUGAAUUCACCCACACUCCCGUGGAAUCCAUCCCGGGUAUCGUCGAUGGCCUCCGCACCACUUUCAGGUCGCACAAGACCAAGGAUGUCCAGUACCGACUGAGGCAGCUUCGAAAAUUGUACUGGGGCGUCGUUGACCUCCAGCCCCAGUUCAUCGAAGCCCUCAACCGUGACUUGGGCCAGUCCACAUUUGAAGCCUACCUCGGCGAGAUCGACUUCGUCCUCGAGGAUCUCAGGCACACCAUCAAGAACCUCGAGAAAUGGGUCAAGGAGGAGCGUGUCUCCGACAUGAACCCCGCCUACUUCAUGAUGAAGCAUCGCAUUAGGAAGGAACCCCUGGGAGUCGGCCUCGUCAUCGGAGCCUACAACUUCCCUGUCCAGCUUUGCCUUUGCCCCUGUAUCGGCGCCAUCGCUGCCGGCUGCACCUUGGUCCUGAAGCCGUCCGAGAGCUCCCCCGCAACGGCUUCUGUCCACAAGACCUUGUUUGAGAACUACCUCGACUCCGACGCCUAUACCGUUGUUAACGGAGCCGUCGAGGAGACCACCGCUCUUCUUGACCAGCAGUGGGACAAGAUCUUCUACACUGGCAGCAACCGCAUUGCCAGGAUCAUCGCCGCGAGGGCUGCCGAGCACCUCACCCCGGUCACGCUUGAGCUCGGUGGCAGGAACCCGGCCUUUGUCACCAAGAAUUCGAACAUCGCCCUCGCUGCGCGCCGCAUCUUGUACGGAAAGGUCUUCAACACCGGUCAGAUCUGCCUAUCGACGAAUUACGUCUUGAUCGACAAGACCGUUCUCCCAGCCUUCAUUGACGCGCUCAAGGCUUCCUACAAGAACUUCUUCCCCGAUGGUGCUAAGGCUAGCCCGGAUUAUGGCAGAAUCGUCAACCAGAGGCAGUUCCUCCGCAUUAAGAAGAUGAUCGAUGAGAGCACGGGCAAGAUCAUUCUCGGUGGCGAGACGGAUGAGUCCCAGCUCUACAUCGAACCCACCGUCGUGUUGGUGGAUUCCAAGGAAGACUCGAUGAUGAUUGACGAGACUUUCGGCCCCGCUUUCUCCCUGCUGCCCGUCGACAACCUUGAUGAGGCCAUUGCCAUUGCGAACGAGGUUUACUCUACUCCUCUUUCCGUUGCCACCUUCGGAAAUGAUGCGGAGAAUAAGAAAAUUCUCGACCAAGUAACAUCUGGCGGUGCGUCCAUCAAUGACGCCUACGUCCACGCCUCCUUCACCCCAGCCCCCUUCGGCGGCGUCGGCCAAUCCGGCUGCGGCAGCUACCGCGGCGUGGCCUCCUUCAACACCUUCAGCCACGCCCGCACCGUCGCCGAGACCCCCGGCUGGAUGGAUGGCCUCCUCCGGGUGCGGUACAUGCCCUACUCCCUGAAGAGGCUCAACCAGCUGCCUCGCCCUUCCAGGAAGAACUUAGACUUUGACCGCAACGGAAACCCUAUCCGCGGGUUGAAGUACUGGCUGAGGUUCGUAGCUAGGCUGGGUGCGGGUGGUUCCAAAGGUGCGUUGCUGAGGUGGGUUGUGGUCUUGGUUUCGGCUGUAGCGUUGACUCGUAAGGGUGCACUUGUAGGGCAGUAA